UCUGCCGUCACUUCCGUUAACAGAACAAAUUUCUGGCUGGGUCCGGUGGUCCAAGCCGAGACCUUAUUGCACCGAGUGUCGAAGCCAAAUACGGAUCAAGUGAUUUUCUUUGAUAACUUCUUAAUCCUGUACCUAGUGCAAAUUCAAUUGCUUCAAAAUGCCUAGACGAGGUUCCGCUGCUCCGAUGAGAAGCAGAUCCCCAACAAGGGCUCCACCUCCACCACCAAGGCCUGCUCCUCCACCACCACCACCUCCAGGUGCAGGAGCUGGUGCAGGAGCUGGUGCAGGAACCGGCGCAGCAGCUUCUGGAGGCCCCUCACUUAUGGGACAGAUGGCUGCAACUGCUGGUGGUGUCGCUGUUGGCUCUGCCAUUGGUCAUGUUGCGGGGCAUGCUCUUACUGGAAUGUUCAGUGGUGGAAGUGAUUCACAGCAGCCAGCCCCAGCAGCCCAGCCUCAAUAUAGUCAACAAUAUGCCCAGGCUGGGGGAUCAGAGCCUAGUGGACCUUGUGCAUGGGAAAUCAAGCAAUUCUUGCAAUGUGCGCAAGGACAAAGUGACCUAUCUUUAUGUGAAGGAUUCAAUGAAGCACUUCGCCAGUGCAAACAGAACAAUCAUAUGGCGAUGUGAAGUCUAUUAUAGUAAAUUAGUUUAAUCUGCUUUUAAUGGGUAUUAAUGCCAAGGAGGUGAGUUGUUGGUUCAAUCAUGUUCUAUCUAAAUUUAAGGGGUAAUUAGCUGUCAAAAUUCACUGAAUGCAUUUUGGUGUGUAGUUUGGAGAUGGAAUUAAAAUUAAUUUUCAAAGUAGA